GAUAGGCUCAACAUCCACCCCGGUCCAGCUCACCACUGCGCGACGCGGCUCGACCCCGCGGAUAGCUGCCGACUCGCUCCCCGACUCGUCCUUCCGGUUGCCAUCCUCCUCCCGGGCGGCCGCCGCCUCCUGCUCCGCUCGUCUCCUCCACCACUGCAGCCCGUUGUCUCAUGGCAGCCGACGUCCCCAUUGCCGCUGCUACUCCAGGAUGAUUCUGUCAUGGGCGAUGAUUUGGCUACUGGUUCCGAGGGUCAGGGCUUGGUUCUAAACGAGAUUAGAUGCGCCCACUCCUGCUGCGCCUCUGGAGGCUCGGAUUCGAGAUGCCUUCUCUAGCCUUCUCUUGCCUUAGGUUUCCGUUGCCGUCGAGCGAGCCCCCGCUUAGUUAUGGUCAUCUGUUCACCCGAAUUUCCCUCUUCUGUGGUACAGAUGUUGGUCGUUAACUGCAUGCAGAGACACCGAUUUGGAGUUUUGAAGUAUUGAGCUGGUUGUCCAUUUUGUCGAUUUUGUUGCUGUAAUUCGUAAAAACCAGCUGGCAUUUCUUCUAGGGCUUGGAAUUGCUAAGAUGAAGGGUAGAAGAGGAUCGAUGAUAUUCCUUCUCUUUGUUUGUGGGAUGGUCUGUCUCAUGGCUCAGCUGGGAGCUGCUAAUGUAGUGCUAAUGGGGAAUAAUCUGACCUUGUCAUUCGAUGACAUUGAGGCGAGCUUUGCUCCAGGGGUGAAAGGGUCAGGUGUUAAUGGCGUAGUUUAUACUGCUGAACCUUUGAACGCCUGCAGCCCGUUAACAACCAAAGUAGUCAAGGGUCCGCCAUCUCCCUUCGCUUUGAUUAUAAGAGGUGGAUGCACAUUUGAUGAGAAAGUCAGAAAUGUGCAGGAUGCUGGAUUCAAAGCUGCAAUAGUAUAUGACAACGAAAAUAGCGGGGUUCUGGUUUCAAUGGCUGGAAGCUCAAGUGGUAUUCAUAUAUAUGCUGUGUUCGUCUCGAAGGCCUCGGGGGAAGUGUUGAAGAAAUUUUCAGGCCAUUCUGAUGUAGAGGUGUGGAUACUACCUGCGUUUGAAAACUCAGCCUGGUCAAUCAUGGCAAUCUCAUUCAUAUCACUGCUUGCCAUGUCUGCUGUACUAGCAACGUGUUUCUUUGUGAGAAGACAUCGAAUAAGGAGGGACCAGCCUAGAAUUCCAGAAGUUCGAGAAUUCCAUGGAAUGAGCAGUCAACUAGUUAAGGCAAUGCCCAGUCUUAUUUUCACAGAAGUGCAAGAAGAUAACUGCACAUCAUCAAUGUGUGCCAUUUGCUUGGAAGACUACAACAUUGGAGAAAAGCUAAGGGUGCUGUCUUGCCGUCACAAGUUCCAUGCAGCUUGUGUGGACCUGUGGCUCACUUCUUGGAGAACAUUCUGUCCUGUAUGCAAGCGAGAUGCAAGGAACGGAGUAUUAGACCUUCCUGCCUCGGAAAUUACACCGUUGCUUUCUUCUGCAGUUCGCUUACCUCCUCAGUCAUCUUCAUUCCGGUCGAGUGUGGCAGCAUCCCCUCCCAGACCAAUAAGCCGCCGUCCAUCAUUGCACUCCGUUUCCCAUGCUUACUCUGUUUCUAUUACUCCCCACUCUCCCAACCCCCUCAGAUCUUACACAAACUCGCCUGCCAUCAGUAUAAGUAGAAGCAAUGCGAACCUCGCAAACAUGUCGUCUCCCCAUCCUCGCAUCUCACACAUCGCCUCGACACACUCUUUGGUUGGCAGCCAUUUAUCUCCACCAUUCAGUAUAAGGUACUCAUCACCCCAUGUAUCCCAUUAUGGCUAUGGAUCACCCAGUAUACAUGUCAGUUCAUCCUAUAUCUCCAAUUCUGGGUAUGGGUCUUCAAGUUACUAUCUUGGAUCAUCCAGCCAGCACCGCUCAUACCUAAGGCGGUAUGGAGAAUCAGGGCCAAGCCUGUGUAGCAUGAGCCCUCAAUCGCCACAACAGUCCCAGCUGCCCCAUGGUGAGUCAGAGACAAAUCUAGCAGGCACAUCAUCAGCUCAGUCCUUGCGGCAAUCCUACCUGAGACACUGCGCUGAUUCAGAUGCAAGUUUAUCUGAAAUGACGUCAGCUCAAUCGUUGCCGGGAUGCUAAGGGCUCUGGAUCAGCUUUUUAUCUGUACAAGAUAUGGUGUGUUUUGUGCGCACAUUGAGGCGUGUAACAUAGGCGAUUACUUGAGAGAAUGUGCAUAGAUUUGUUCCUUGUUCUUGUGCAUAUGCCCUCUUGUUUUUAUUUUUUAGUGGUUAAUAGUUUCCUUUUUGUGCUUCUGUGCAUAGUACAAGUAACAGGGAUGUGUUUAUGACAGGAAUGCUCUUAAAUCCAGAGAAGUUUGCUUUCUUUA